AUGUCGCCUCCAGUCUCAAAAGUUGCGUUUGUCACAGGAUGCAACGGUGUCAGCGGGAAUGCCAUUGUCGAGCAUUUGAUCCGGCAGCCAAGGGAAGAAUGGUCUCGGAUUGUAAUCACAUCCAGGAGCCCUUUGAAGAACUACUGGCAGGACCCUCGGAUUGAUUUCGUGGCAAUCGACUUCUUGGCUCCCCCGGAAGAGAUCUCCCGCAGGAUGACUGGCAUGUGCGAAGAUGUCACUCAUGCUUACUCCACAUCGUAUACCCAUACCGACGACUUCACGAAACUCAAGGACUUGAACCGGGUUUGCUUGCAAACUGGCGGGAAGAACUACGGAGUCCAUUUGUGCCUAGUCGAGGUCCCAACAUAUGAGGAGAUGCCGCGAUAUGAAGACCACGGUCUCAACUUUUACUACCUCCAGGAAGACUUCAUGUUAAAGCUGCAUGCUCAGCGCAAUUGGUCGUGGAAAAUCAUCCGGCCUAACGGUAUCGUUGGCUUUACCCCUUUCAGAACUCGGAAGAUUCCUAAAUUUCCUGGAAACAAGUACUUUUAUGAGGCUGUCGACGACAGCUCGUUUGCUGGUGGCAUUGCCGACAUGAGCCUCUGGGCAACGACGAACGACCACACGAAGAACGAAGCGUUUAAUCCUACAAACGGCGACAACUACGUGUGGAAGUACUCUUUCCGCAAGGUCGGACGGUACUUUGGCAUUGAGAUCCCCGAACAAACUCACUGGCCGGAACACAGAGAAAGAAAAGGAAUAGUACACAGCUUUCACAUGGGCAGGUGGGCGGAAGACAAAAGGGUUGUCUGGGAGAGGAUAUGUGACAAGUACGGCAGGUCGAAGGAAGCCUUUGACUGGGGCACUUGGGCAUUCUUCGACUGGACGGGCUGGAAGAGGAAGGAUGACACGUAUCAGACCUAUAUUGACACUUUCAAGUCGUUUGAGAAUGCUGGGGUUUUGCCUCCCAACCGCGUCCUUUACCAGAAUACGAAGGCCAUGGUGGAUGGCAAACGAGAUAGGACUGAAUAG